AUGCGAGCGACCUUAAGGACAUCCCUUCGCGUGGGUUGCAAACUUUUGAAUAGUGCUCUAGCUGACAGCGUGGCGUCAAAGACGUCGUCAGACCUAUAUUUAAAGCCCAAUAAGUGGAAAGGUCUGAAACCUGAGAAAAUUUUCCAGCUCUAUAGCGAGCGGAUUUUCAGGCUAGGGACGUCCUAUAAGCCUUGCCACGAAGAGCUUGAGGCUUUGCUAUCGACAUCUGAACAUACCGGGUCGUCGCCAAGUGCAAUAAAAGCAGUGUACUACGGAGGCGAGCAAGCUGCUAACGAGAUUUUGAGUAAAAAUGAAUCUGCGGAUGAUUUUAGGCCAAAACCGUUCAUGUUUGAUGAACUGCCAUCUCAGGCCCAGACUUUAGUUCAGCAGCAUAGGGAACAGCGGUUUUACAACAGGUUGACGGCAUAUGAGCUUCCUUUGCUUGCCCAGUACCGCCAAGACUAUAGAAGACCUUCUAACAAAACGCACCCCGUGACCUAUCGUUACACGAGUUAUAUCGGGGAAUCCCACUCGAAUUCACGAAAAGUUGUGAUGUCUGUCAAAACGGCCGAUCUUGGCCUCAAUGCCGUGCAACUACAUAAAUUGCGUUUGCUGGCAAAGACUCGUUAUGACGCGAUUUCAGAUGUGCUGAAAAUUUCUUCGGACCAAUAUCCUGAGCCCUUCCAAAAUGCGCGAUACUUGAGCGGGAGACUCUCGAAGCUUAUUGAAGAGGCCAGAAAUUUAGAAGGUGACUUUAGUAAUGUUCCACUGGAUACGAGGCAUAUAGCCGCAAAAAACCUACGUAGGAAGGGCCACUCUCACAUCUUUCCAGAAGAAUGGAAACGCCCCGAAGAUGCGCCCAAGGAAUUUGUUAAUGUGGUGGAUGUGAUCAAAAACUCUCUGUAG